UGUGUGUGUGUGUGCGCUGCCCAUUACCCAUCAUGCCCUUCACCGGGGAUGAGCGUGUGUGUGUCCAGUUCCAGCCCAACAUCUUCGAUUCGUCACGCUGCCACGAGUGCCUUCGUCUCAAGCACCUGCACACACACACACCUACACACACACCUGAGCAGGUGAAGCCGGUCAGCGAGAGCAGCAGCAGAGAGGAGAAGGACCCGAGCACCAAGGAGGACUCUGAUGACGUGUCGGUGGUGAGUGGAGGCUCUCUGUGUAUCCUCAGUCCCGAGUGUGACCUUUACGUGCGUGACGGAGACGAAAGUCAAGUCCAAGACCAGUACAUCUUUACCAGUCUGAGUGAAGGUGACUCCUCCUCCACUGGUUCUUUCAGUCCAGAAGAAGAGGAAGACUACUUCUCUCUUCCUCACGGCAGGAUGACACGUUUGGAUCCCCCAUCACACCGAAACAACCCACACAUGUGGAUGGAGGAAGCACGGAGCCGAGAUAGCUUCACUCGCCGUUCCUCCGUCCCUCACGGGAGUUCCAAAGCUGACCAAGAUCGAGAAAGUGGAUAUUUCUCUCUGGGUCGUGUAGCUGGUGCUCGCACAUUAAGAGAUAAAAGUCCUUCUCCUCAUCGUCAUGCCGAACGUGGACAUCCUUUACCAAGCAACCGAAUGCCUGAGCCCAAAGCUGCCAUUCCAUUCCGAAACCCAGACCUUGGCGUUCCUUCACAGAGAAGAACCUCUGAGAUCCUGAAUCCAGAUUUAGCACCAGUGCCACUGAACUCCUCUCCAGAACCUGUAGACCUCAGCAUGGAAGUUGAGGCUCAGGCAGGUCCAAGAUCUUUAAGUCCCACACCCUUCAAGCAGGCCGAGUCACUGGCCGCAUCCCAAAAAAGAGGAUUCCGAGCACAGAAUUCAUCUCCCAGUCAAUUUGGAAAUUUCUUUCCCUCCAAAAAGGAUUCUGGCUUUUCUCGGUCUUCAUCUCCAUCCCGAAGUUCCUCCCCAUUCAAACGGGCCGAGUCUGUCUCCUCGCUAUCGUCUCGUGGGUAUGGGAUGGACAACAUUUCAGAGAGACGAGACAAUCAAUCCAAAGGCUCCAAUCGGAAUUCAUUCGGCCGUCCAGCUGAAUCUGAAACCACUCGGAAAAAUUUCAGAACUUUUGCUAGCACUGUCGGAGCUGUCAGUAAUCUCACUAAGUCCCAGGCAAGCCCAUAUGCUGACCUGAGAGCCGGUUUAAGGAAGACAGAGCAAAGUGGUCUGGGAACCCAAACCCAAAGUCCCUCCUUUGCAAGGCGGAGCCAUGAUGCCACUGGACAGUCACUUCUCUGGAAAACAGAAACGAAAACGAAACAAAACAACUUUACAAAUAAUCAGAAGAAAAGAGAAAGUCAGAGCUCCUCACCAUCCAGGAGUAGCGGCCAGUCAAUUUUGCACAAAGUGGUUGAAGGUUGGCGUAGCGCUUCACCUGUGAGAAAGGGCUAUGGGACAACCAGCCAACCAGACAAGAGUCUCAUUUCAAGUGGGCGAGGUCAUAACAGCACAAGUUCCUCUCCUUCAAGAAGGAGCUUUGAGGCUAGCAGCCUAUCAUCGCAUAAAUCCGAGAUCAAAAGACACUCCUCCCCAACAAGGCGGAGCUAUGAUGUACCUACUAAACAAUCAUCAUUGCACAAAAGUGUAUCAGAGCAAUCUUCCUAUAGCCGAAGUCCCUCCCCUUCCAAACAGGGUUAUGACCUUCCUGGCCAAUCACGUUUCAGAUCAGAGAGCAGCAAUUAUUCUGAAUCAAACCGAUCUUCCGGUAACCAAAGUCCCUCCACUUCAAUACGGGGAUAUGACACUCCUGCCCAAUCACAUUUCAGAUCAGAGCGCAGAAAUUAUUCUGGAUCAAACCGGUCUUCUGGUAACCGAAGUCCCUCUCCUUCCAAACGGGGAUAUGACCCUCCUGGCCAAUCAGAUUUCAGAUCAGAGCGCAGCACUUACUCUGGAUCAAACCGGCCUUCUGGUAGACAAAGUCCCUCCCCUUUAAAACAGGGUUAUGACCCUGCUGGCCAAUCAUGUUUCAGAUCAGAGCACAGCAAUUAUUCUGGAUCAAACCGGCCUUCUGGUAACCGAAGUCCCUCCCCUUCCAAACGGGGUUAUGACCCUCCUGACCAAUCAUGUUUGAGAUCAGAGCACAGCAAUUAUUCUGGAUCAAACCGGCCUUCUGGUAACCGAAGUCCCUCCUCUUCCAAACGUGGUUAUGACCCUCCUGGCCAAUCACGUAUGAGAUCAGAGCACAGUGAGCGGGGACAGAUGAUAAUACACAAAACUGUCAGUGAAUCCAGGAUAGAGUCUGUAUCCCACAUGGGGAGAUCAACUAAUAGCAGCACAGCAGGAUCAUGGCGAGGCUCCACCCACUCUCUCAACAGCCCACCCAUAUCCCGUAACUCCUCUCCUACUAGGAAGUGCAGUGAAAGCAGGCUGGCUGGUGUUCGAAAAUCUGCCCAUGUUUCCUGGAGUACCGGUGACAGGAGCCAGGGUCAGGACCAGCAUAGCUCCUCCUGCCGGACUAGAAGCCCCUCCCCACUGAUGAGAAAUCACACUUCUUCUCAGAGCUCAAUAGAUUCAGUUAUGUCCAGCGGCUCGUCCGGUCUGAACAGAGAGGAAUACGCCAUUAUGGCCGACCUUCCGAAGGUCAAGAGGGUCCUCCAGAGGGUGAGGCCAAACCAGAUGGAGGGAAUGGAGAAAGGAAACAGAGACGAAACCUCAUUAUACAAACCUGCCAGCCACUCCCACACUAAACCCGCCCACAUCACAUGGGACGACAUGACAGAUCAACGAGGAAAUCCCUCCGCUGCAUACACACCUCCACAAAUACAGGGAAGUAAGAUGGAGCAGGAGAAGGACGACAAAGUUCAACAGCCUGAUCUGCUGAACUUUAAGAAGGGAUGGAUGUCCAAACUGGACGAAAAUGGAGAGUGGAAGAAGCACUGGUUUGUGCUGACUGAUGCUGGACUGAAAUACUACAGAGACUCUGGAGCUGAGGAGAAAGAUGAGUUGGAUGGAGAGAUCGAUCUGCGCUCGUGUUUAAAAGUCUCUGAGUUUAAUGUGGAGAAAAACUAUGGCUUUCAGAUACAGACAGCGAGCGGUGUUUUCACGCUCUCAGCUAUGACUGCGGGAAUCCGGAGGAACUGGAUUGAGGUUCUGAGGAAAAACAUCCGACCGAGCAGUACUCCGGAUCUUACACAACUUCCAGAAAGCUCUACUGAAAAAGAGGACUCCCGUCUCCAGCAGUCAUCUCGCCGCCCUUCAGAAACCUCCUCCACUCCUGCCCACACACAGCGCAGGUUCGAUUAUGUUGAGCUUUCUCCUGUAGCCACACCCACUCUUUCUGCUCCAGUCAAUCAGAGAGAGGCAGGGGAAGGGCAGGUGCGUGAGCAUGGCCAGGGUCAGGAGGACAAGAGCCGUAGCGUGCAGCGGGAGGCAGUGACCGCACGCAAGUGGCCGGGGAAAACUCCAGAACAGAAACGCCUAGAGGAGGAGAUCGAGAGGAAGUGGGAGGAGUUUGAGCGUCUGCCUCUCAAACCGACCGUGUCACUUUCUGCAUUGGGAUCGCUGCAGAGGGAGGUGGCAUCUCUGACGCAGCAGGCGGAGUGUGUGCGGGGUGAGGGUGGGGUGUGUGUGCAGGGGGGGGUGUGUGAGGGUGGGGUGUGUGUGUGUUGUAGUGUGAAUUUGGAACAGAUGGAGCGUGCUCACAGACACGCUCUGGAGGAACUGCAGAGGAAACACGAACGUCAGAUCGCAGAAAUGGAGAGAGAGAAAGAGAGACUACUGACUGAGGAGACACAAGCUACGGCUCGUGUGAUGGAAGCUCUGAGAAAAGCUCAUAAAGAGGAACUGGAGAGAGAAGUGCAGAAAGCUAAACACCUUACAACACAAGCAGCAGACACACACACUGUCCGAGACCAGCAACGGCAGGAGCUCAUGUCUCUGAAGAGGGAGCUGGAAGGUUUAUCAGACCGUUACUCUCAGAAAUGCCUGGAACUGAACAGAGAACAGCAGAACAAUGGAGAGAAAGAACGACAGAUCAGCAUGAAGGAGAGAGAGAUGGAGCAGCUGCGCAGACAAAACCAGGACCUUCAGUCUCGUUUAACAGAGGAGAUCCGGCGUAUACGCUCAAAUGUUACAGGUCAGAGGUCAGGGGACGUCAUCAUUGACAGCAACAAGGGGAGGUCACUGUGUGAACUGGAGGUGCUGCUGAGAGUGAAGCAUAAUGAGGUGGAGUACUUGCACAAAGAGAUCACUUGUUUAAGGAAUGAAGUGCAGUUCCUCGAUACGGAGAAGCAGAGUGUGUGUACACAGUAUGAGGAUGUGUGUGAGGAGCUGAAGGUGAUGAAGGAGAGGAGUGAACAAGAAGUUCAGACACUUCGAGAACAUCUGAGACUCGCCGUUGCUGCCCUGCAGGAGGAGCGGGGACUGCACAACAGCAUCUAACACACAGACACGCGCACACACACACACAAACACACUCACAGCUGAAAGGGAAGACCCAGUUAGGACCAUGUGCCUUUUAUUUUAAUUGCGUCAGCCAAUCAGGAGCAGAGAUCUGGGGCAGCAGACUGGUUUUGAUACACUGGAUGCGUUUAAUCUGCCUCUGCACUCUGUGUGUGUGUGUGUGUGUGUGUGUGUG